AUGUACUCAUACAGUGUACACACACGUCGGGUCUACAAAGCUAUUCCCCCGAUCAUGAUGUCUCCAACAUACCAUCCCCAACAAGCUGUCACUUUCAACCCGAUCUUUCCCGUUCGAAGGAGUGUUUCAAAUGUUAAUGAGGGGCGUACAAACACUCAAUCUGGCCACACCAACAAAAGACACACAAGACAGUCGCUCACAGAUCGCUCCACAAUAACCAAUAGCUACACAAACGAACCAGGAUCCGACUCUUCGCUCUUGGGUAUUAUCGCAAACAGCUCUGUAAUAACAACAACUACAACAACGACAACAAGAACAAGAACAAGAACCAAGUCGCCGCAGGUGUUCUCUCAAAUCCGCUCAGAUAAUUCGGCCGCCAUGUCCGUCUCUUCACACACCUCUCAGCAGUCCAUCCUCACGACGGGAUCGAGACCCUUAUAUGGCAACAAGACCGAGCACGACUACGUGUGGGACAAGCUGGACGAAAGUGCCACCAUCAACUCCAACCGAGUUUGGAACCAGGCCAGUGCAGAUCCCGAUGUGGGCGAAUCGGUCAUGAAAAACCGACAACGGCUCCUGUCCAAGGCCGGUAUGGCCCCUCCGUCCCAGACCCAGAAGAAGACGUUCCAAAUGCCCUACAACGCCGUCUAUAACGAUACACUGCCACCGCAGCCAAGACGGGAGGACUCCAUGUCGACCUCGGCUGACGUGAUUCAGAGCCACAAGGUGCCUCGACUGCUGAGACCGUUCAGAUCGAUCAAGAAGGCUUUCACAGGGUAG